AACAACAACACAGUACUACUACCUGCUGCAACUCGCUCUUCUCCCCUCCUAAAUUUAGAAAACAACACUUAUCAGGUGAGACCCUAAACAGUAAACCAGAAAAAAAAAAAACCCUAAUUUAUCUCCUCUUUCCUUCUAACUUUGGUUGAGUACUAAAACCCUUUUCAGAAAAUCAUCAAUUUUCUGCAACGAAGUAUUUUGCUUAGCAAAAAGGGACCUCAUUUUUCUGCUCAUUUUUUCACUUCUUCUAUCAGGGAUGAAUUUCUACAGAAUUUUAUGAAACCCUAAAAUGAUCUUAAUUCUUGGUUGGGAUCAUUAUGCAAAUGUCUUCGACCCCUGUUAUGACACCAUCUCCAUUAAUGGCAACUCAAUCGGAUUCAAACAACAAUCAUCAGACAUCAGCUUCUCUCUCUUUAGGGUUCCUUUCUUUACCACCUUCAUCAUCAGCUCCACCUUCUUCGCAUCAUCACCACCAUCAACAGCAACAGCAACAAAGUCAUAGUAACAGUAAUCGUUCUCCCACAUUAAUUUAUUCUGAUCAUCAACAUCAGAACCAGAACCAUUAUCAGCAUCAAAAUCAAAAUGUUCCGAAUGUGAUUCUACAAGAGACAAUUGCAACGGCACAUCCAAUUAAUGAGAUACCAAUGCCAGUUGUGACACCUGUAGCUAGGGUUAGACUUUCUGACAUUAUGGCUUAUGAUGGAGCACCCGGAGUUAUGUAUAGUAGAUCGGUAGAAGCACUUUCCGGUUCAUUAAUGAGACAUAAUGCAGUUGUUAUCGAACUUGGAAGUGAUGAUGCUUCUCUAAUUAGAUGUGGGUUAGAAUCGGCAAGGUUGUAUUUUAGAACAAGGGCUCAGAAUGGUGGUGCUGGUGUUACAGGUGGUGCUGGGAAUUGGGUUAAACCCAGUAAAGGGGUUUAUAUGUACAGAGCAGGAAGGGCUUUUGAAGAUGGUGACUCGUCUCCCCCAUGCAUGGCUGAUGUUUUUAGAUGUAUGGGAAAGGCUGCUCGUGCCGCUCUAUGUGCAAUAGCUAGACAUCUCCGUUUACGUAGCGAUGUUUUUAAUCAUUUACUUGACGAUACCCCAUUGUCUGCGAAUGAGGUAUCCUCAUCCGUGCUGGUUGCAGCCUAUUCUCAUAUUUCCUUACAAAAUGGGAAGAGUGCUUUUGGUGGAGGAAAACCAUCCAUGAAUAACGAAAUUGAGAAAGGACUGCUGACGCUAAUCGCCUCAGAUAGUCCUGGGAUUCAGGUUUGUGAUCCUAAUAGUCGUUGGUACCUCGCUGAUGGAGGAUCCAGCCCUGGGGAUCUUUUGCUGCUGACAGGGAAGGCACUCAGCCAUGCUACUGCUGGACUUCAUCCCGCAGCUUCAUAUAGGGCAGCAACUGACUACUCUUCAAGCAGCAGUAGUAAUGGACGGACAUCACUGGCAUUUAGGCUCAUGCCUCAAAGCAAUGCUAUAUUAGAUUGUUCUCCAAUCGCCAAAGCUGGUCAUGUAACUCCUCAAAGCUAUGUACCAAUCUCCGUAAGCCAGUUCAUGGAUGACCUAUCUGCCGAAGAAGAUGUAGCAUGCAACCAUCCUGUAAACAAUUAUGAAGUACAAAGGAAUUUGACCAAGGAUCCAUCCUUAAGAAGCGUUCUUUCAGAUCCAUUAUCUGGUGCGUUUCUUGAAGAUGCUGUGGUUGUUUCAUGUGGGCAUUCGUUUGGUGGUCUCAUGUUGAGGAAGGUCCUUGAAGCGGGUAAAUACUACAAGAUUCUUUUUUUGUUUUUCUUUGAAAGGAUCAAGAAGUUACAAGAUCACUUGUGGAUAGAUCUCCUGUUUUCUCUGGAAUGUAGCCUUUGCAAUGCCGAGAUUGACAGUGGGUCUUUGAUUCCUAAUCAUGCCUUGAGAGCUGCAGCUGCUGCUGUGAAGCAUGAGGAUGACCGAAGACUUUUCCACAAUGCAGCUCUCCGGAAACGCCGAAAAGAAGUUGGUGAAAACGUGGAUACGAUGAAGAGGCUAAACAUGGAAAAUGUUGAAAUGAGUACUGAAAGCGAUGGCCAGAUGCACCACAGAGGGGUCCAAUAUCCAUUUUCUGUUAAUGAAAAAGUGGUAAUAAAGGGAAAUAAGAGGACUCCGGAUAAAUUUGUAGGAAGAGAAGCAGUCAUCACAACUCAGUGUCUCAAUGGCUGGUACCGCUUGCAGAUUCUUGGAAGCGGAGAGAGUGUUAGGUUACAAUAUCGUUCUCUUCAGAAGAUCUUGAGUUCUCAGGCAGCUGAGGAUAGGCGCCCAUCUCAGUCGAUGAUACCAAACAGUAGCUGAUUACAACGUAGUACUGGUCCAGAACGCAAGCCUGUUGCAAAAUAUGCAGAAAUGGCUUAAAUCUGGAGGAUGACACCAAGAUAUUCUCUUGGCAGAAAUGCAGAAUUUAGAAACCUUAGCAACUGAAAAGAAGUCUGUAAAGCUGCUAAGCGCAAAAGCAGAAAGCAAGAAAAGGAACCCCAGAGGAUCGUUCUAAUUCCAUAUGAAUCAGUACUGAGAAGCAUGUGCCCAUCACUCCAGCAGUGAAGAGGAGAACUUUUUUGACACAAGAUAAGUUAGGUUAUUUAAUAUGUUCUUCUGUAUCAAUUGAUGGAAAGAUUCUGGGGGAUGUGAUCUCAGCUGUACAUUUUUGUAUUAUUGAAGACAUUUUGUAAAAUGUUUUAGAUAAAUGAAAAUUGUUAAAUAUGUAGAA